AUGAGAUGCGCAGACACAAAAACCCGAAGCCUUCCCAUUUGGUUUCCGGCAAGUGUCGGCCCAGACAAAGCUCGAGAUACUGGUAGCACCGGAAUGGCUGGCAAGUCCUUGCAGACCCUUCAGCGGCGCAUUGAUGUGCUCAAGUCCUUCCAAUCUCGCUUGGUCUGGCCUGCACUUACCCACUUCCAGGCCUUCGGUGAGACCUUUGCGCUCCCAUGCCGGAUCACUUCAGUAGGCAGUGCCCACGUACCUGUCCAGCUUCUGCGUUACUUGGCAGGGUUCUUUGAUGGCGAUGGAUGUGUGAGAGGGCACCGUACAUCAGUCGAGCUCUCUGUGGGCCAGUCUAGCUCCAAUGCCGCGAUCUUGGUGCUGUUCUUGAAGACUUUCGGAGGUGCAGUGUACGUGCAUUCGAAGGGCAGGGGCAUCCGCCGGCCGGCCUUGCGGUGGAGCAUUACAGGGAAAGCUGCGCAGCAGGCAGCAGCCAGGCUUGCUGAAGAGACUGUUGUGAAACGGCGCCAGCUAGAAUUGGUGACGUGUUGGCCUGUCAAGAUGCAAGAUCGGAUCCCAGCCAUGAUGAAGCUUGUAGCUCUGAAGUCGCAACAGGAUGCCCCGCGCCAUACGUGUUCUUGGGCUUACGUCGCAGGGUUCUUCGACGCUGAAGGCUGUAUCUAUCUGUCACCCCACCAGUCCAUUACAUUGUAUCUUGCGCAGAAGAGCCGAUUUGUGCUUAUCUGGAUCGCUAACUUCUGCUGGGCUGACUUGGGUGUAGAUCUAUUUUGGGGUCUUCAGGCACAUAAUAUCACGAAUUUGAGAAUUUCGGCGAGGUAUGGUGCAACAUUGAUAUUGCGAAGAUUAUUAGACAAUGGUAUGUUGGUGAAAAGGCCGUCUGCAAUGCUGGCCCUGGGCCUUGACGAUGCCAAUUUUCACGACACAAGACAUCGCUUGGCCCAGCUUGUCGGCAACCAGGCAAGAUACCAGCGUUUGACGGCAGCAGGUUGCGAAAGAGCACGCGGGAUACACACAAAGCAGGGUCUGCUUCGGAGGAGGAAGGUCUCUAGUCAAGCGGAUGAAGUUGCAAGACUCUCAGAGCAGCUUCGAAUCAUGAAGUUGCGACACCAGCACCUGAACUCAGUUAGCGUUUAUCGCGCUUUGCGGAGUGACAUUCGGGCGCUCAUGGCCCAGGGGGCCGCUCUUGACAAGACGCGAAGUCGGUUCAAUCAUGGCGAAGUAGCAUCCGCGCUGCAUGUUUCAUCAACGGGCAAACUGCCAAACACCCUUUUGCUGGAGUAG